AGACCAAUCAGCGGAGACCAACAACCUGACGUACACAGGGGGAGGCUGAGACCGUAGGCCUUAUAUACCCAAGUUCCGCAAUCGUGUUCAUGCUGUUCAAUUCCGAAGAAUACGUAGCAAUGGCCAGAACCAAGCAAACUGCCCGCAAGUCCACCGGAGGCAAGGCUCCGAGGAAGCAGCUCGCCACCAAAGCUGCGCGUAAAAGCGCACCUGCCACCGGUGGCGUGAAGAAGCCUCACCGGUACAGGCCUGGAACCGUGGCUCUGAGAGAAAUCCGUCGUUACCAGAAGUCCACUGAGCUGCUGAUCCGCAAGUUGCCCUUCCAGCGUCUGGUCAGGGAAAUCGCCCAGGAUUUCAAGACCGAUCUGCGCUUCCAGAGCUCUGCUGUCAUGGCUCUUCAGGAGGCUAGCGAGGCCUAUCUGGUAGGUCUGUUCGAGGACACCAAUCUGUGCGCCAUCCACGCCAAAAGAGUCACUAUCAUGCCCAAGGACAUCCAGCUGGCUCGUCGUAUCCGUGGGGAGCGUGCUUAAGUGAUUUGAAGUCAGGAACCGAAUAUUCAAAGGCUCUUUUAAGAGCCACCCAAACAUGAAAAAAAGCUGGUUUCCAAUGUCUUGGUUUAAUUGGUUUUUGGUUAAUCUUACUAUUCUUUGACAUAUCU